AUGUCCAUGCUGAGACACGCCAAGAACCAGCCAGACCCGAUAGUCAAGCAAGCGGAGAUGAUGCUUCUAUCGAGACGUCGACUGGCAGUCAGUGAAGGCCAAAAUCGCACGGGAGAAAGCGGAAGAGAGGAACAAUGGAGUCGAUACGCCAGUGACCCAGUCGAAGGCCGCACUUCCACUCGAGAUUCCCGACUCCCCAAGGGUGAAUGUCGAUCCCGGCAUAAACUCAGAAGACGUCAAAAUUUAACCCACUAUGCUCACACUCGUGGCAACGGGGAGGGCUCAACACUCGUCAUGAUACAUACUUGUCGAGACAUUCGGCUCCCAAUACAAGUGGAAGCUAUCACUAGAUCGACGAUACGUGAUGCUUACAUCAGAUCCUUGACAAACUGGAAACCGGUCCCACGUUUUACAAUAAGAUGCCGCACCAACCUUGUCACGACAGUAGUCAUCCCAGUUCGUAACAAGCAUGGUUUGAACACCGGUUGUACCACUCGACAUGCUAACAUCCGAGUCUACAACAUCAGUAUCAGCCUGGCGUCGUCCAAGUACACUGUUGAUGAUCGCGGACUCGGUACAGCUAUUGAGACUACCGUGGCAGAUUGA